AUGGCAGCUUAUAAUGCUUCAUCUACAAUACCUUCAGCUCAGAACAGAAGACCGCGCAGUAUGAAGUGUGGACCAUCCAAUUCGUUUACGUGUUUUAAUGGAGGCGAGUGUGUCCACAAAGAGCUUUGCAACUGCAGUCGAUUUAAUGCAACUGGACCAACAUGCCAGACAGUGUACAACACAGGUGCUGAAAGAGAUCAUAUAUGCAGAACAUGGGGCCAAUACCACUUUGAAACAUUUGAUGGACUCUAUUACUAUUUUUCUGGGAAAUCUACAUACGCUCUUGUGAGACAUACUGAAUUAGAGGAACAGAGUUUUUCCAUACAGGUGAAUAAUGAUCCAGAAUGUCAUUCGUCUCCUUAUUCAUGUGAACGGUCCAUUAGUUUAUUCUUUUCUGGAGAUGAAGAAAUAAAGAUGAGCAGUGAAGUCACCUAUAAGGGAUUUGGGGUACAGUUGCCCUAUGUCACUGGAAACUUGCGCAUCCAGAAGCUGGCUGGGUACUUCCUAGUUAGGCACCAGGAAGCCUUCACACUGGCUUGGGAUGGUGCCUCUGCAGCAUACAUCAAAAUGGCCCCAGAGUACCUGGGCAAAACACAUGGACUGUGUGGCAACAAUAAUGCUGUCGUGCAGGACGAUCUUGAGACUAGUUAUGGAAAACUAACAGAUGAUGUGACAGAAUUCGUAGAGAGUUGGCAGGAAAAUCCUCCACAAGGAACACCCAAUUUGGAUAAUUCUUUUGUCAAUGAGCCACCUUGCCUGACACAAAGCCACGAAUCUCUGCAGAGGAUGUAUACUCUCUGUGAUAUUUUGUUGCAUCCCCCGUUUGAACAAUGUCAUGAGUAUGUGAGUCCUCUUCCUUUUAUGGCAAGCUGCACCAGUGAUCUUUGCAUGUCAGCAAUUGAUAAUACAACUUGGUGUCGAGCAUUAACUGAAUAUGCCAGGGCCUGUGCCCAAGCAGGAAAACCUCUUCAUGAAUGGCGAACACACUUCCAACAAUGUGUGAUUACCUGUGCUGAGCACUUGACCUACAGUGAGUGCAUUGACUGCUGCCCUGUUUCAUGCCGUCAGCAGUCGCCGUGCGUAGGCAGUGAGCUUCCCUGCAUUGAUGGAUGUUACUGUCCAGAUGGCCUAAUUUAUGAAAAUGAAUUGUGCGUCAAGCCCAUAGACUGCCCUUGCGACUACCAUGGAAAAUUUUUUGAAAUGGGGUCUGUGGUUCAUGAGGAAUGUAACAACUGCACUUGCAUUGGAGGAAAGUGGAUUUGUACAAAUCUUACAUGUCCAGCUGAAUGCUCAGUUUCGGGCGACAUUCAUUUCACGACCUUCGAUGGGCGCAAAUACACUUUCCAAGCUACCUGCCAGUACGUUCUAGCAAAGAGCCUUACGUCCGGAGAAUUCACUGUAUCCUUGCAAAAUGCUCCAUGCGGACAGAACCAAGAUGGAUCAUGUAUCCAGUCAGUCAGUCUUAUUCUUAAACAGGACCCCAAGAGGCAAGUGACUCUGACUCAUUCAGGAGAUGUUUUAAUAUAUGAUCAGUACAAAAUUAGCCUGCCUUAUACAGAUGAUAUAUUCGAAAUACGGAAAAUGUCCUCUGUAUUUCUUCAAGUCAAGACACGCAUUGGAUUACGGAUACUGUAUGACAGAGAAGGACUGAGGCUCUAUCUUCAAGUUGAUGGCCGGUGGAAGGAUGACACCGUGGGCCUUUGUGGAACCUUCAAUGGAAAUACGGAGGAUGACUUUUUAUCUCCAGUUGGAGUACCAGAAAGCACCCCACAGCUGUUUGGAAGCUCCUGGAAAACUUUAUCUGCGUGCAUUCUUGUCCACGACAACUCGCAGAUGGACCCCUGUGACAUUCACCUACAGGCAGCCUCUUAUGCAGCGGAAGCUUGUAGCAUCCUUACGAAAGAGCUCUUUGCUCCCUGCUACCCCUAUUUGAGUCCCAUUCCCUAUUUUGAGCAGUGCAGAAGAGACACUUGCAAAUGUGGACAAGUUUGUUUUUGCUCUGCUCUGGCCCAUUAUGCUCAUCACUGCCGAAGAUUUGGAGUUGUAAUAGAUUUCAGAGGAAGUGUCCCAGACUGUGCUCUUUCAUGUGAAGACACAAAGGAGUACAGUACUUGUGUAUCUACCUGUGGCAGAACCUGCCAGGCCCUGUCGGUGCCAGAGACGUGCAGCAGUGAUUGUGUUGAAGGCUGUGCUUGUCCCUCUGGAAUGUAUUUGGAUUCCAGGACUGAACGAUGUAUACAGAGAAGUGAAUGCCCUUGUUAUUUUCAAGGAAUUGAUUAUCCACCUGGAGAAAAUAUUAUCACAUCAUUGGGGAAAUGCCACUGCAAGGAUGGAGUAAUGAAUUGUGAUAACAACAUAAUUGCACACAGCUGCCCAAUUGGCCAGAUUUAUAUCAACUGCAGUAAUCCGCAAACUGAUCCUGAGCUCAGUAGAGAGAGAACUUGUGAGAAUCAGCUGCUAAACCUCACUUUCUCAGCACAUUUUCCUUGUGUUUCUGGGUGUGUUUGCCCACGGGGCCUUGUUAAACAUGGAGACGCAUGUUUGGAAGCCGAUGAAUGUCCAUGUUCAUGGAAAGGAAAGGAAUACUUUCCGGGUGACAAAGUUGUUUCUUCCUGCCAUACAUGCAUUUGCCAACAUGGAUCAUUUCAAUGCACUUUCCAUCCCUGCCCAUCCAUGUGCACUGCCUACGGGGAUCGACAUUACAGAACGUUUGAUGGACUUGCGUUUGACUUUGUUGGAACUUGUAAGGUCUAUCUAGUUAAGGGUACUUCUUCAACAAGCUUCUCAGUUAUUAUAGAAAAUAUUAACUGCUUUAAUACUGGAAAUGUUUGUAGAAAAUACCUUUCCAUUAAUAUUGGAAAAUCUUUUUUAAUAUUUGAUGACGAUACUGGAAAUCCAAGCUCAUCUAGUUACAUAGACAAACUACAGAAAUUACAAGUUUGGAAAGCUGGAUUUUUUACUGUUGUUCAUUUUCCUGAUGAGCACAUCACUGUCCUAUGGGAUCAGAGAACAACCGUUCAUGUACAGAUGGGUCAUCAGUGGCAGGGUGAAUUGACUGGAUUAUGUGGAAAUUUUGAUUUGAAAACUGUAAAUGAGUUGAGAACUCCAGAUAAUUUUGAAUUAACAAAUUCACAAGAGUUUGGAAAUAGCUGGACCGCUGUAGAGUGUGUCGACAGCUCUGACAUUCGAAAUCCGUGCAGUUUGAAUCCACUCAGAGAGCCAUUUGCCAAGAAGGAAUGUGGAAUAUUGUUAAGUGAAACAUUUGAAGCUUGCCAUCCUGUGAUUGAUGUCACCUGGUUUUACUCAAACUGCUUGGAAGACACAUGCGGUUGUAACCAAGGAGGUGACUGUGAAUGCUUCUGUACAAGUGUGUCGGCAUACGCGCAUCAGUGCUGCCAGCACGGAGUGACCGUAGACUGGAGGUCCCCUAGAGUGUGUCCUUAUGACUGUGAGUAUUUCAAUAAAGCUCUGGGAAAAGGCCCCUACAAACUGGUCAGCUAUUUGGAUGGAGAAUUUGCAGUGGCAGUGGAACUGGGGAAUGGUUUUGUUUUCCCUGUGAGAACAGAAGAUAUUGUUCCUGGACAUACAGUGAACUUUAUGCUGACUUCAGGACUCUAUAAACCCAGAGCACAUGAUUCCAACUUGGUUUCAUUUGAAACAGCGGAGAGACCAAAUUAUUUUCUACAGUUGUCCUCCAAUAAUUCUCUUGUUCUUUCUAAAUGGGAAAAAAGUGAAGAGUUUCACAACAAAUCUACCUUUGCCAUUCACAAAAAUACAUGGAUUUCAGGAUACAGUUCUUUUGAGUCAUUUGCAAAACCAGGAUACUUCAUCCACAUUUCAGCCUCUUCAGUUGAGCUUCUGAAGUACCAUCAUACAGAGGAGUUCAGACUGUCAACCCUUUUUAAACUUGCAGAUGUCAAAUUUCAAUUUCUACCCCAUUCUGCAUGUGAGUGGCGUUAUGAUGCCUGUACAAGCCCUUGUUUCAAGACGUGCAGAGACCCUUUGGGAAAGAACUGUCAGGCAGUCCCAAAAGUGGAAGGAUGCAUCCCCGCGUGUCCUCCCAACAUGGUGCUGGAUGAAGUAACUCAAAGAUGCGUUUAUUUUGAAGACUGCAUUGAACCUGCAGAUGAUAGUCAAGCUUUGCUGUCCAGCAUUAGAACACCAGCAGUUUCACACAUAACAUCAACUACUGCUGUGAUCUCCAAGUUGGCAGUGUCCAGUGAAGCAGUAACUUCAUUUCCUGUAUCUGAGGAAAAGGACAUGGAAACAACACUUGCUUCAAAAUGGCAACUUGGUGUAACUACAGGGAAAACAAAAUUUUCAGCUCUUACAUCUAAAAGAGUGAUUUCAACCAUAACAUUAACGUCAAACGUUUCUUCUCGUUCAAUAGAGAUGACAUCACCUGGGAAAAGUGCUGUGUCUGGGACAACAAAAUCUAAUGUAAGCUUGUCUUUUCCUAGUGACGUUUUUCCAUUGUUUCCAUCUACGGUCACUUCAGAAAUGUCCACGAGGAUACAAGCAACCAGUAGUGCUUCUGUGAAGCCCCUGGGAGCUACAGAGCCUCAGACAGUAACUGCUACACAUGUAUCAGAAUCAGAAACCAAGCCGAUUUCUACUGCAGUUCUUGCUGGACCACCCUCAAUACUCACAACAGAGUUGCCUGUGAAAACUAAAAUAAUGGAAACAUCAGAAAUCAUGUCUGCAAGGACACUUCCUGUAAAAGAAAUGGAAUUAAAACCAGACGGGUUUACAAAAUUUACUCCCAGUUCUUUUGGGACAGUAACAGAAAAAACUACUACAAAUUUGACCCAGUACUCAUCAUCCCUGGGCAUGUCUUCAUACGCAUCACCAGUAAAUCUAACAGGAACUUCAGAAAGAAUGAAAAUAAGUGCAGAACAGUCUUCUACCACAGUAUCUAAUGUUACUGUAACUUCUCUUCCUCCUGUGAUCACUACUUUGUCUUUGCCGAAGCCGAGCAUAGAGCCAAUACCUUCAGAAACAACAAAAACAACAAUUAUUGUAACCAAGCAAGGGAUGAGGACUACGUUUUCCCCAACAUCCACACUACCUGUUUCAUUAGGAAAGGCAAUUACAGAGCCUCCUCUUGAAAUGAUUCAACACUUGACUGGUACUGCCAGGGUAGCUUUGACUACAUCUCUAAGUCCAAAGGCAGCAACUCUGCAGACUCAAGAGAUAACAUCAAAAACAACUGUGCUACCAUUUGCAACGCUUAAAAAGGAAAUUCCUGAAACAACAUCUCAUAAGGACUAUUCAUCAGGUUCCUAUUUCCCUCCAUAUUUGUUACAUCCAAGUUCAGCUACAACUGAAAAAUUCCUCCUUCUUGCUACUAAAAGACCUGCAGUGUCUGUUUCUACUCCUGUAUCUCCAUAUUUAGGUGAACUAAAAAAAACAUUUAAAACAGUGUCAACUACUGGAUAUCCCCCACACAUAGUUCUAAACACAACAGAGUUCCUAACUACAUUAUACACUAAACAUCCUGUUUUAGCUGAGACUACAAGGGUAACACCUUCACCUGCAGAGGUAACAUCCGAAAUAACAUCCACUUAUGAAUUAUCAGCAAAGUCAACUUUGCUUUCUGGGAAAACAUCUGCAGAGUACAAGUCACCUGUACUUUUAAGUACAGUGAAGAUGAGCACUGCAGCAUAUUCAGAUGCUGUUACCGCAUCAGCAAAAACAACUUCUGUCUCAUCAGAAGAAGUGACUGCAGGUCCUUUGGUAGCUACAGAAAAAGACUCACUUCAAAGAAUACCCUUCACUGGAUCUCUAUUUACUCUUAGUGCAAGUGAAAUCACACCAUUGACAACACAGCCUGAUAAACCACAAGUGGAAAGAAUUACUAGCAUCUCUACUAGACAGCCACCUGCUUUCCCUUCUUCAACAUCACACACUCUAAUGUCUUUAAAUGCUUCCCUUCCUUCCCUGCCCACAUACAGGACAGUAGCAUCACUGACAGCUCUCAGUCCCAUGCAUACAUCACAUGCUGUACUUCCAGUGACAAAGUCUUAUACUUUCUCCAGCUCUCUAUAUCUGUCAGAUAAAUCAAUUUCUUCAUCAUCUUUAACACAAAUGAUACCUGAAGUAACAACCACAGCAAAAUAUCUGGUAGAAACUGAAAUAAUUUCUACAGCAGCAAAGCCUGCAGUCCAAAAUGUAACAGAUACGGUAAAACUUCCAGCAGCUACAGCUCGGCCAUCCUUUACUCCUUCUUCAGUAAAACCCUCUUCUGGGCUAACAUUGUCAGGAGAGCGCGUUUCUGCUCAGACCUUAGUGGUUACACCACAUCCUUCUACUCAGACAACAAUGGAACUUGCUCGUCACACUUCACAGCCUUCCUUGACAAGCCAGAGCAGUACCCCGGUUUACCAGUAUCCUGCAGAAACACUAACAAAAUCCACUGGUCAGCCACAGCUUCUCUUAAGCACAACUGAAACUCCAGUAGCAUUGACUUCCUCCUACCCAUUAACUACCUCACUACUUGAAGCUGCGUCAUUGGGUGAUGCUACUCAAGCUUUGAAGCUUGGAAUAUCAUCUGACGUGCGGAUGACUUCUGUGAGUUCGCUAAUGAUAUCUGACCAUCCAAAUGACACAACAGCUCCAUCAGUUUCCUCAUUUCCCUUUUUAUCCACCAAACCCCUUUAUCCAUUGACUACAACAUUUUCUGAUGGAUUGGCAACAGCUGAAGCUAUCUCAAGAGUCACAGCAUCAACUUUUAUGCCAGCAAGAAAAACAGCAACUCUCCAAGCUUGUACACCAAUCUCAGAGGAUGAGUGCAUAAAGCACAUAUGCUUGGACGGACACCUCAUUCAAGUGAAUAAGUCCCAGAACUGCCCCUACAACACGACUCGGCCCAGCUGUGGAGUUCUGGGGUUUGCUGCUCAAACGAAUGGUGACAGAUGCUGCCCAAAGUGGGAAUGUGCAUGUCGUUGUACAUUUUUCUCUGAUAUGAGCUUUGUAACCUACGAUGGAAAUCAUUUGGCUUUAUUCAAAGAAGCCUCCUACAUUGUUAGUCAGACUCAAGAUGAAACUAUAGCCAUCCAUGUCCUUGACUGCAGAACGAGUAAAUCAGGUUCAACUUCCUUGUGUCUGGCAAUGUUGCAUUUAACUUAUAUAUCAAACCAAAUUACUAUUGAUCGUUUAAGCAGAAAAAUCACAGUAAAUUCAAGAAUUGCUUGGCCUACUAUUAGAAAAUAUGGAUAUAAAAUCAAGGAUUCGGGCUUCAAGUAUGCAAUUGAGACCCCAACAAAUAUCAGAAUUCAGUGGUUUCACAACACAGGUGUGAUGAUUAUAGAGUUUAAUAGGACCAGAGAACCAAAAGCUUUGGGACUGUGUGGUUUUUGUGAUGGAAGUUUGGAAAAUGACCUGAUGCUACCCAACAGGACAGUUUUAAGCAAAAGUAAUGCACCAUCAACUUUUAUAGACAGCUGGCAAGUGCCAGAUACAUUAAAGUAUGUUGGAGAAGACAGGCAUCAGGAAACUAAUUGUUCAGUCAUGGACUGCUCAGAGUGCUUAAGCCUUGUAGUGAACCAGACCUUCAGCAGCUGUCAUCCUUACGUUCCACCUGAGCUAUUCUGUGAUAUAUGGGUUAAAGACACAGAGUACAUCCAAAAUCCAUGCAUCGCUCUAGCUGCCUACGUGGCAAUGUGCAACAAAUUUAAUAUUUGUAUAGAAUGGAGAAGCUCUGAUUACUGCCCCUUUCUCUGUUCAGAAAACUUCUCCUAUCAAGCCUGCAUAGCUGCCUGUGCGGUUCCAAAGAGUUGUCAGGACAGCGAGGUGGCUUCCCUGGACUCCGACUCUUGCUCAGUGUUGACAGAAGGUUGUGUGUGUGCUGGGAGCACCAUCCUUCACCGAGCUCACACGGCUCUAUGUAUUCCUGAAGAAAAAUGUGCUUGUACAGACAGCUCAGGAGCACCUCACGCAGUGGGUGAGAUCUGGAAAACUUCUUUGAGUGGAUGCUGCAUGCAAAAAUGUGCUGCCAGUGAGACCAUUAUUCCAGUGGAGUACAACUGCUCAGAUAGCCCCUAUUUGGGCUGUCAGCGAUUUGCAGAAGUGGCCGUGCCUGUUCCUGGUGAUGAGACGUGCUGUCCUCAGAAGAUCUGCGUUUGCAAUCGCAGCCUUUGUGAACCCCUAAUCCCUGAGUGUGAGGGCUUGGAAAAGCUGGUCGCCUACUACAGUGAAGAUUCCUGUUGUCCCAACUACACUUGUGAAUGUGAUCCAGCAAAAUGUGAACCAAUGGAGCAGAUUCCAACCUGUCAAGAGGAUCAAACACUAAUUGCUGCACGGGUGGAGAGUACCUGCUGUAUAUCCUAUAUUUGUGCAUGUGGGGCUUGCUCUGAUCAAAUUCCCAAGUGUGAAGAAGGAGAAGUGCUUAUGGUGGAUGGCAACACUACAGAGAGAUGUUGCCCUACAUACCAGUGUAUUUGUGAAAUACAUCGUUGUCCUGAAUUCAAGUGCAUGUUGGGCAUGUCGUUGGUGGAGGUAUGGAGCCCAGAGAAGUGCUGCCCAUUUCGGACGUGUGAAUGUGCAUGUGAAACCAUCCCCAAGCCUCAGUGCAAACUGGGGCAGAAACUUCAGAUAGAUGAACAGUUUCAGAACAGUACAGAAAAUAUCUGUAACUGUGUUAAAUACAAAUGUGUGAGAGACAAAGUUUGCCUGAGUAAUGAGAGAGGUGUGCUGCUUCCUGGACAGAAAAUUGUGGAACAUGCUCCUGAUGGCAUUUGCCAUGUUUCUUACUGUACAAAUGUGAUUGAUGCCUCCACUAAGUACUACCAGAUAAAUACCUCCUCAAUAGACUGUGCUGUCAAGUGCAAAGCAAACCAAGUCUAUGAGCCUCCAAAAGAUUUAACAACUUGUUGUGGUAGCUGUAAGAAUUUGUCUUGCCUCCACACUUUCAGCAAUGGCACAGUUUCCAAUUUUAAGCCUGGUAGUAUUUGGAUUUCAAACUGCAUCAGAUAUGAAUGCACUAACACAGCAGUAGGACCAGUUUUAGUUGCAUCUCCAGUCGGCUGCCCACCCUUUAAUGAAACUGAAUGUGUGAAGGUUGGAGGCUAUGUUGUACCAUUUCUAGAAGGGUGCUGUAAAACAUGUAAGGAAGAUGGAAAAUUCUGUAAAAAGGUGGCUGUCAGGAUGACCAUCCGCAAAAAUGACUGCAGAAGUAACACACCAGUGAACAUUGUUUCGUGUGACGGAAAAUGUCCGUCCGCCAGCAUUUAUAACUACAACAUCAACACGUACGCGCGAUUCUGCAAAUGCUGCCGGGAGCUCGGGCUGCAGAGGAGAACUGUGCAGCUGUUCUGCACGAGCAAUUCCACCUGGGUCACCUACUCCAUCCAAGAACCAACAGACUGUUCUUGCCAGUGGUCUUAA